AUGCUUCGGGAAGCUCAGCGGCAGGACACGGAGAAGAGCUGGCCGGGUUCACUUGAUGUCAUCAUCGGCAACAAUACUCGUUGGCUCUCCCAAUUCUACAUGAUGAGCCGUGCGCUGAAGGUGCGCCCAUACAUCGACACCGUUAUUGCGGACGUACGCCACGAGGCAUCGAAGUCUAAGAGGAAGGGAGGUAGGCAACGGCCAUUGCCACGGUGCCUCGACGAUGAAAGUCUGCUCACGGAGGAAGACUGGAAGACCAUCGGCUUCUACCAUGACCUUCUCCGGCAUUUCGAAACCUGCGUUAAGAAAUUAGAGGGAGACGGAAAGCAGCGGAUUCGCAAGGGAGGGAAAGAAGCUGCCUAUGGGCUCGUGCAAGAUAUCUGUCCAGCAUAUGAGUGGUUGAUGGGCCAUUUGGAAGAAGCGAAGAGCCGCGCGGAUCGGACGCCGGAGCCUGCUCAGUGUCGGACAAAUAUCAACUUCGCAUGGGUCAAGUUGAACAAAUACUACAGCGCCAUUGACCAGUCUCCUGUCUACUAUGCCGCAACUGUCCUCCACCCGGCGAUUCGGUGGGACUUCCUUCAUAGGGCUUACGAGAGAGGCCGGAUUGGAUCGGAAAAGCUCAGCAACUCAUUGACGGCCUCUGGCAGGAGUACAAGCAAUUGCCGGUCCAAUUUGAACGAGGCAACUAUGACCAGCUACGUCCAAUCAAGAGGGCCAAGGAAGUAG